UGGCUUUUCCUCUCGUAGAAGGAACGGCAGUCCCCAAGAGCGUUGUCGGCUACUAAAUACUUCCAGACGUUUUCUACAUCGGCAUUCCCCCCCACCCCGUAAACACCAGAGAAGUUCAACUCCUAUAACUUAAUACAGAUUAAAUGUAGAACUUGCUGUUCUGGCGCCAUUUUCCGGUGUCUUGAUAGUGCAGGGCGCUUGGUCACAGCCAAGUACUGAGUCGGUACCUAAGCGCCCCCAACUUCGAUAAGAACGGUGCAGCCUAGCAUCUUCUCUAACGCCCCUACCCCGCAACACCAUGCCGACCACACAGCCGACCACACAUCCAGCACAGGAGGAUGACCACGAAGCACGAUUCACAUCAUGCUCCCGAAUUAUCCCCAACCUUUUCCUCGGUAACGUGGUCGCGUCAUACCACAUCCCCACACUCCAGGAGCAUGACAUCUCGGCCGUGGUGUCCGUCAUCGAGGACAACAAUCCCCGGUGGGAGCUGCAGGAAUACCGCGCGUUGAUCCCAGCCGAGAACCACCUCAUCGUCCCCGCUGGCGACACAGACACUCAGGAUUUGCUUGUUCACUUGCAGCAGAUAUGCGACUUCAUCGAUGCCCAACACGAAGUGGGCAGACGAGUGUUGGUGCACUGUAUCGCGGGGGUGUCGCGGUCGCCGACGGUAGUGGUGGCGUAUCUGGUGAGGAAGUGGCGAAAGGGGCUGGACAAGACGCUCAAGUACGUCAAGGGGAAAAGGAAGGAGGUGCGGCCGAGUCCGAAUUUUAUGGAGCAGUUGAGGGUGUGGGAGGAAGUUGCGUAUGAGAUGUGGGAGGAUAGCGACGCAAAGACGGCCAAAGAUCCGUAUCAGGCCUAUCUCGAACGGAGAAAGGAAAGGUUAAGGAAGAGGCUAUGUGUGAGCUAGGAGAGUGGGUUGAACUUGAAGGAGAUGAGGUUGCGGCUCGGGACUAUGAACGGCAAUGGCAAUUGUGAGUGCCCAGAUUCGUCUCAUACAAGUGACCAGACCACCAUACGAGCUUCAAAAUGAUGCGUUAGUAUUGACUCC